UUAUCAAAAAAUGAGCGUGCAAAAUUCCUUUUCAGAACAACAGAUUGUACUUUCAUUGGUAUUUGAGCAUAAGUUUCAAAAAUAAAAACAUAUUGAUAAUUUGUUCAAAUCUCAGGCAAUCAACCAAAUACACAUUGGUCAUUCGAGAUCUGAUGAUGCGAGUACAUGUUACGAAAAAAGUUACAAACGACUGCGUACAAAAUCAAUUUAACAUGCAAAGACCAAGUUGAUCACCAGAUAUUAGCUUAGCUUAGUCUCAACUCGAUUUAUCACACCCUCUAGUUUGUUAUGUUUAUCAAAAAAUGAGCGUGCAAAAUUCCUUUUCAGAACAACAGAUUGUACUUUCAUUGGUAUUUGAGCAUAAGUUUCAAAAAUAAAAACACAUUGAUAAUUUGUUCAAAUCUCAGGCAAUCACCCAAAUAUACAUAUUUUCAACUGUUGAUUUUAAUUUUCUGAUUUAGUUGAGAAAAUGAAAUAACUUUUUGUAUCAUUAAUGCUUAAAUUCAAAUUCUUUACGCUUAUGCUCACAAAAACAAAUACUUUAUCUAUGAACCCCAUUAACUUUGAAGCCCCAAAUUCUUGAUUGUGAAAAUUGUAUUGAAAUUUUUUGCUUCUAAAAACUCGAGAAGCCAUUUUUUAUCUUCUUAUCAAUCCAGUUUUGUUCAAAUCGUUCUCUUCUCAUGUUUAACCAUUUCCUUCGAUAAAGCGCCUUUUCCGAACUCUACCGCGAAAUCUGACCCUUUGCAAACUUCAAAUCAAACUCAUCUUUGUUCUCACACCCCCAUCACAGAAAGAGGUAUCGCUCAACAACUAUGGCAACAUAUAGACGUAUGCCUCUAUUCGGCGUGGACGAUGAUGUUUCUGUUGAAUGUCCGGGAUGCGUUAAAACCUUCCAUUACACAGAAGAUACCUUUGAAAUCCCAUGCGGACAUUGUCUUUGUAAGAGUUGUGCUAUGGACCUUGCCUCAAAGACAGUGCAGCAAUGUCCAAAUAAGGAAUGCAAAAGCCACAAAGUGUCACCCAGGCGACUUCUUAAACUAAAAUUUGAGGAUUUCCCUAGCAGACCUGCAUCUGCUUUGGACAGAAACUCGAUUGUCUUGCCACCCCCAGAACAAGAAAGGCCAAAUAGUCCUAGUUCAGUCGCAUCCUCGAUCCGAUCUCAUCCUGAGUUCGCCUCGGUCGUUUACUGUGAGAAACACCCAGCUUCCGCAAUUCGCUACUUUUGCCACAUCUGCGAAGUGGAGCUAUGCGAGGAAUGUUGGAAGGACGAACACGAUGAAGAUGACUAUCGCAAACAUAAUAUAGGAUUCAUCAAGGUCAAUCUAGAGCCUCAAAAAGAGAUCCAAAAACGAAUUGUUGAAAACCAGAAAGACUGUCAAAAAAUGAGCCGCAUUUUGGAGGACUGGAAGGCGAUUGUCCGACAAGCUCAGAUUGCAGAAAAUAAACAAAACGAAGUUUUGAAAGCUAGCACAGCCAAUCAGCUUGAGCAGAAAUCAGACAUUGUUCGCAAUCUGAUUCAAAAUCACAUCACGGAUGUUCGUAAAUUUAAAGAAACUAUUUUGAACGAACUUGAAGAACUUGAAAGAAAGCAAAGAUGCAUCUUUGGGGAUGUUUUCGACUCCGAUUAUGAUAGUUUUCUAAAUCGCAGCUGCUCUACUCCUGUCGGAACCAUUUUUUCUUCUAGAAGCAGUGACAGCAUCGAAGGCGAUGAUAAUACAUUAUCAACUCGUUCCUCGUCCCCUUCAAUGCUUGACAGCACCAUGACAUCAGCAGCGAACCCUGACUUAUCCGCAACUGAAGGUGCCAGCCGAGUCGAAAGCUCAGAGGGUAGAUCAAAAAGCGCAGUUGGAGGAGGUGGCAAUGGACAUGUGACUCCAGUUCAACCGAAUAGGAAUGUGGCUUUGAGGAGAGGAAAAAAGAGAGAGUUGGUGCGAGUUACACACAGUGCGAUUGGAGAUGAGAAGAUUGAUUGUCUUAGAGCUGUGUACAAUACUGCCACGAAAGAAGUGAUUUGUUAUAAUGGUGUUUACAAAUUAACAGUGUUCAGAAUAAACAGGCCAAAUGGGAAGUUCGAAGUGAGUAAGAGGAUGAAGUUGAAAUCAGACGCAAAUAACUAUUUAAUGGACAUUACACUAGACAGCAAUAACUCUCUCUAUGGUGUGAUUUGGAAUAAGAAAACCAGAGUGAAUAGAGUGGCAGUGCUGGACAUAAUGAAGAACAAGGAACUGAUCGAGGAGAGAAAACUACUCGACACUAAGAGACUACACAAUGGAGGAGAUGUAUAUUGGAGAUUGUGUGCUGUAGGCGAGACAGUGGCUGUGGUAGUGGAGCAUUGGAGAAGAAUUGAGGAUGAUUACAACAGUGUGACUUUGUAUCGCAGUCAUAUCCGACAACAAUAUGUACAACUCAAUAUCAGAGGAAUCUUUACUGGUCUCUGUCCUCAUCGAAAUGUUUUGGUGAAUGAGAACACACUGUUACUUGCCUCUGAUGAUAGAACAAUAGCAGUGGUCUCUCUGCCUUCGCAACAAACUACAACAACAACAACAUCUGCGCAUACUUCUAAAUUAACUUCAAACACAUCUCAAAAACUGCAGCCCAAAUCCAUCAAGUACAUUGAAAUCUGGGGCAUAGAUUAUAUUUGGUCAUUUUUUUGGAUACCAUCUGAAGAAAGUGUGCAGUCACAUGCUGCGGAAGGGUACUUGUUUGCUACAAAUAUUGGUGGUUCCUCUUCUUAUGUUUACAAAAUAAAUUUAGAAACAGAUAUGGCAAAGGUGGCUGAAGGAGAGGAGAGAACAAUUGCCCCUAUGGAAGGAAUAGGUCGACUAAAUGACUCAUGCAUUCAAUGUUCCAUUGAUAGCUCAACACUAUUUGCUAUUACUAAGGGGAUUUCUGGAAAGCCAAUGCUUCUGAACUUAGAGUAUAAGACACCUUGAGUCUUCCCACUUGUUUGGGCUAAAUUAAUUUUAACAGAACGAUUAAAUGACAAAUAGAAGAUCUUAAUGAUAAGGCUCACACUUUAAACUGAUUCAAAAUACAUUUUCAGCUCUAACAAAGCCUUAAUUAUUUCAAUCUAAUUCAAACUGUUUUCAUCUCCCUCUAUGGAACAAUUUUACUCUUUUUAUUUUUAUUGAUCAAGAACGCAAAAAAAAUAGAGAGCUGUA